UAUCACUUUAAUUUUCUCUUUUCUAUAAAAAAAAUAUGAAGGAAAUGAAUUAUUUUUAUUUAAUACAGAGAUGAGCGGAUCCGCUCAUCUCUAGUAAGUACCAGAGAUGAGCCAUCUCUGUAAGUACUGAUGUAGUCGCGUAUAAAACUCGUAACGUAAAAUACCUAGUAAUUUACUGUAAAAAAAACGUUGAAAAUUACCUAGGGUAUAUUAGUUACCUAACCUUGUCAAGGAGUAGCAGUUGGUACAAGUGGCAUCCUUUAAUUUUGACAGCUGAUCACAGCUGAUUGCAUGAUUGCAGCUGAUCACGGGAAAUUUUGUUGGUGUUAAGUACGACUUUUGUGCUUUGAAUUAUGUUUAAGUAUUAACAGAUAAUUGUUAGUCAUUAGUAAAAUAGUCGAAUUUCUAAAAAUGGAAGCAAAACAGAAAAGUGAACAUUUAUUAUCCUUAAAAGUUAUGAGAUUAACUCGUCCAACUCUUGCUAGUCCUACUGUGGUUACAUGUGAACCAACGGAUUUACCUGGCAAUACGUUGAAUGAUGAUUUGAAAAUUGAUUGCACCGCUUUACCUGGAAUGGAGACUCUUGCUUUAGGAUAUUUUAUGGUGUUGCCACAAAGUUUUGGGAAUAUUUAUCUUGGGGAGAUAUUUUCUAGUUACUUGUGUGUACAUAAUGGCAGUAACCAAGUUGUUCAAGAUGUAGUUAUAAAGACAGACUUGCAAACAAGUACUCAGAAGAUUCCUCUAUCUGGACAUAGUGAGAAAAGCAAAGAGUUGGAACCCGAUAGUACCAUAGAUGAAGUCAUUUAUCAUGAAGUUAAGGAGACUGGAACCCAUAUAUUAAUAUGCGAAGUAUCAUAUACACCAACAAAUCCUAUAGCACCAACGCAAUCUUUUAAGAAAUUUUUCAAAUUUCAAGUUUUGAAACCCCUAGAUGUUAAAACUAAAUUUUAUAAUGCAGAGUCGGAUGAGAUAUAUCUUGAGGCUGAAAUUGAAAAUCUUACAGCUGGACCAAUAUGCUUAGAAAAAGUUGAUGUGGAAUCAUCUCCUUUAUUUAGUGUAAUGACUCUCAAUACGAAUGAAAAGGGGGAAUCUAUUUAUGGCCCAAUAAAUCUUUUAGAUUCAGGUUGUAGUCGACAAUAUCUUUAUUGUUUAAAGCCUCAACCAAAUGUAACUGAAUGCCCCAAAAUGAUAUAUAAUGUUACUAAUAUUGGUAAAAUUGAUAUCGUGUGGCGAAGUAAUAUGGGCGAAAGAGGACGACUUCAAACUAGCCAAUUGCAAAGAUUGGCUCCUGAUCAUGGAGAUCUACGAGUUACAAUGAAAUCGAUUCCUUCUGAAGUAGCAUUAGAAAAACCAGUUAACUUCCAGUGUCAUAUAGUAAACAUGUCGGAAAGGAACAUGGACAUAAUACUGAGUCUAGAAUCUAGUAAUUUAAUAGCAUGGUGUGGAGUAUCUGAAAAAAUAUUAGGGACCUUGAAGCCUGGAAAAUCUACUGAUGUUCCAUUGUGCGUGGUUCCCCUAGAUACCGGACUAAUUACUAUAUCUGGAUUAAAGUUGAUCGAUACCUUUUUAAGGAGAACAUAUGAGUACGAUGAUGCAGCUCAGAUCUUUGUCAACCUGGCAUGAUAGUAUUAUUAAACACAUUGUUGGAAGCUGUACAAAUAUUUUUAUUCUAUCCACUUUGUUUUUAGAUCUAAAUAAACAUGAAAGAAAU